UUGCUGUGGUUUCCGGGCUUGGCUACACUCUCCCUGGACGCACUCUGGUUUUAUUAUGCAACUGCAUCCAACCCGAAUAGCCAGUUAUGUAAUUAUGCUUAAGGCCGAUUAAAAAGAAGAUUCAUUACAUAUGUGCGUGUAGCUAACCUAACAAUAAGCUUUUUCACUUUUUCUUUUUUCAUCUUAUCAUCGAGAUGUUUGGCUUUCAUGAAAUAUAAUAUAAAAAAGGUUUAUUUGUUAUUAUAAUUGUAGCAGCGAAUAUUUGUAGUUGUAAACGCGUGUAUCGUCAAAAUUAGAUUUACUUAUAAAUGAAAACUAAACCAAUGUUAUGACCUAUUUUUGAACAUAAUAGACUUAAUUGACCAUGGUCAAACGCAAGACUGUAAGUGAUAGCGAAGAUGAGCAGAAGCCAUCAAAAAAAUCCAAAGCCUCCACAAGUGAAGCCCUAAACCCAAACACGCCCUUUAAACCCCUUAUAAUAAAAAAAGAAAUCCAGGAAGAUGAGACUACAAUUCAGCCUAAAGCUACACCAAAAGUGAAAAAGAAAAAAAAAGAACAUGUUUCAUCAAGUGAUUCUGAUCAGGAAAAAGAGAAACAAUCCACCAUUGAAUCCAUACUGAAUGAAACAAAACGUUUGGUGUUAUCUACUAAGAAACCAAAAAAACCUAAAAAGUCUCAAAAACAAAAUGAUGCUAGCAAAUUAAAUGAGUCGUUUACAAACAAAAAUCUUAAAACAGAAGCCUUAGACUCAUUUGAAAAUUCAAUUGUGCAAGAUGAGGAAUCUGGUGAUAACCUCAGCAAUGAAGUAGAACCUGUAAAUAAUGUGCUAAAUGGUGAGAAGUCUCCUAGAAUUAGCAUAAGCGACAAAAACGAGGAUGACAAUUUGAUGGAAAAAAUUGAGAACAAAGUCCAAAUUCUUCAAAACAUUCACGUAUCUCCAAAUAAAACAAAAUCAUCACAAGAGUCCCUUAAGGAUUUAUAUCCCAAUAUUAAAACGAGUCCUAUUAAAACAAAACUUAAGUUGAAGAGUUCUUGUGACGUUUACAUGUUAAGAAUCCCUAAAAGUGUAGAUGCUAAUGGUCUUUUGAAUGUCAGCAUUGAUCUUGAAGGAAAAAGCAAAGUAACGAUAGGGGGUCAAAAAUUUGUUAUACAACAUACAUCGAAAAUACCUGAUCCCACAUUUGUUUUAAGUACAAAACCCCAUUUGAUUGAAUUUAAAAGAAAUUUAGUCAUGGAGAAGUACGUAAAACCUAACAAAGGUCCAAAUAUACCAACUAUAGAGAAAUCUUCAGUACCACUACCAGGUACAUUGAAAAAUCGCCAUCCUCUAUUUGGUUCCAACUUUGAAGACAAGAUACAGCUUGAUGAAGCUGUGGAAAAGAAGCUCCUUGAUGCUAUUGAGAAACUAUUGAAUCCCAAGAAGAGUAAAAAAGAUAAAAAAGCAAAAGAAGACAGGAGGUCACUUACCAAUAGUACCAUGCUGCCAAAUGUCACAUCCUCUCAAGAUUCUUUUAGUCCCAAUGUUAGCUCAAUUUCCCCAAAGAAAAAAAUAAAAAAGGAGAAACGGCAAGUUGAAACAAACAACAGUGAAAUAUUCAAUGACAUAUCAAUGAAUGACGUUUUUAACCCUGAUGACUUUAUACCUCCAGCAAGAAAAACAAAAAUAAAAAAAGAAAAACUAGAUCCAGUUCUCGAUAAUAUGUCUAAUGACCAAGAAGAAAAUGCUGAGAGUCCUAAAAAAGCAAAGAAAAGGAAAAUUAAAGAGGAACCUGUAGAUUUUAGCCCGCCGAAGAAAAAGAAGAAGAAAAGUGUAAAAGAAGAAUAUGGAUAAUUUUUAUUUGUAUGUUAAAAAUGUUUUUAUACAAGAACUGAGUAAAGUUUACUAAAAAUUUUUA